GAUCAAUCUUCUCAACAGCUAAGAGAUAACAUUACACAGCUUAUGGAUGUUUUAAAACCAUGGACAGAUGAAUUGUUUACUCCAGAGAACAUGAUGAGCAGUAUAGAUCAUCAAAUGCAAUUCAUACCAGUGCGUGUUUCAAAACCACCAAAGAAUAUUACUAUGCCUGUUUACUCAGAUCUUAAUACCAAUUUUUACCUCAUCGGGUUACCUGCAUUACACCAAUUAUUAGUUUCGAAAGACUUCUUUAACUAUCUUUGUCGUUUGGUUAUUUCACAUUUACCUCAAACAAUGUUCAGUUUGUCUCAAUGGCAACGACUUACCAUGCCAUCUCAAAGCAAUAUUGAAAAGACUUUAACUGGUACUAAUUUAACUAAUCUGCAAUCUUCAACAUUGAUGAAAACUGCAACAACACUUAAUAACAUACAGGAGGCGGUUACUUCAACGAUAACAACUACAGAAACAACUGGCACAAGUCAAUCUGUUAAUUUUCCAAAUAAUGCUAUAUCUAAUACUUCGUCAGCAUCGCACAUUCCAUGCAUUUGUACACCUUCCCUUUUGAGUACAGUUAUUCACUUGCUUAUUAAUUUGAUGCAGCAUUUACCCAAAUUUAUUUUAAGUCAACUGAAACUAAAUCGUAUCAAUCCAUUAUUGAUGAAUAUAAUUGAUCCAAAUUUGUUACAAUGUGCUAUUCAACAAAGUACUAUUUCUUAUUCUAUUAUUAAUAACAAAAAUAUAAACUGCGAUCUAGCUAGAUCGUUCAUUUCAAAAAGCUCAUGCAACCAAUUAAUUCAAUGUUAUGCCAGUUGUAUACAUAUUUUACGUUGCCAAGCAGCAAUGAAUGAAGAAUGUCGUAUGAAUCUCAUUUCUGACUCUCUUUUUUUAACACGAAUAAUUAUAAUUUUAACUAUUCCAAUAAGCUACAUUGAUCUUAUGGCUCCUUUGUGGCAAGAAAUUUUUUCACUUUUAACCUGUUUGUUAAUUUAUUCGAACAAUGAAGAAACAAAAGGCUUAAAUUUACGCUUAAUUUUAAAACCUUUAGCUAAUGUGCUACCUAACUUCAUGGAUAUUAUUCUCACAUUUAUUGAUAGAGCUGAAUUAGAAAUAUCUAAAGAAUGUAAAUAUCGUCAUUCUAUAAAAUUCUGUGCUCACGCUCGUAUAGCAUUACAAUUGCUGGUGGUUAUUAUGUCACAUCAACGUCCUGUUCCUUUGAAUCCUGUACUUAAUCGUCUAGAGAAAGAAUACACGCUGGAUACGAUUAAAUCAAAACAUCCAAGUUCUGAUAAAUCACUGAAUGAUAUUAUUUAUCUCACUAGACGUUUAGUUCAGUUAUCGAAUUCCAGUCAUUGUUUUUCACAGGAUGGAACAUCACCUAGAUUAUCAAGUCAUAACUCAAUAACAGUUAUAAUUAACUAUAGAAAAGCUAUUGAUAAUGCCUUACGUACUCUAAUUGGAAUCUGUCAUGCAAUCAAAAUAACUGCUCUUGAAGAUGGCUUUCUAGAAGAGUCGAUUGCUAAAUUGCAACUUCUUCGAGCAAAAAUGGAACUAUGUUGUACUAAUAUUCAUGUAAAUUCAGAAUCUGACAGAUCAGCUUCUUGUGAUUCGAAACAAUCUUUAUCAAGUAGAGUAUCUAUAGAUCAAAAAGCUGAGCGUCGACAUCAAACAGUAACUACAUGGCUAAAACUUUCGGAUGAAAUGAUCGCAAAUUUAGAAAUAUUACAUAAUCUUGUUUACAUGUGUCCGGAGGCUAGAAUGCGUGCUAUAGAAUCAGGAAUUAUUCAAGUGAUUAUAUGUAUUUGGCCUUUGGCUUUGCAAGAUUUACGAAUCCUACGUACAAUACUUGGUCUACUUACUAAUUUAACAGCUGAUUGUCCACGAGCUUCUUCAGUUUUGGUUAAUCCUCCAAGUACAAUUAAAGUUAAUCCAUACAUAAUUUCUCAAUCGAAUCAGACUGCAGGCUCAAGUAACAUUCAAGGGGACAUAUCUAAAACAGACGAAGCUUCCAUUAUACUAUUCAAUGCAUCGAAUUCCUUGACAAUAAAUAGUUCUUUUAUUCAAUCACUAUGUAAUUUAAUUCCAACUUACAAUCAAUUCAUAUUAACCGAAUCAAAUAAAAAAUGUAAUACAAACACAUCAGGAAACAUUAGCAAAACAUAUCAAUUUAAUUGUUGUACCAAUAUUAUGGGUAAUAAACAAAGUACAAGUACACAUCAAGAAGAUAUAUAUAAGUUAAUCUUUCAAUUAUUAGCUAAUAUGGUAUGGGCACCAGAGACAAGAUCCUUUUUAUUAAAAUCUAAAAUCCUUAAUCACAUAUCAGAAUUGAACCCACGUACACUGAUCAAAAGUCGUCGUGGACAUUUUAUACUCACCCUUUGGCUACAAUUGAUCCUUAAUAUAUCAUUCACUAAAGAUGGACAACAUAUACUAUUUAAUCAACCGAAUUUACCCACAAUUUUGAUCAAUUGUAUAAAUCAUUGUAAACCUGAUAAUCGUGAGACAGCUUUAGUAAUCUUGCGGAAUUUAUGCACAGACAGUAUUUUGAAAUCGAAAUUAUUAACUGCAAACUUGAACGUUAUCAAUUGUUUUCGUGAUAUAUUAUUGGAUUCUCAUUUGGACACGAAUUCAUUGUAUUCUAUUAGAGUUGUACUUAGUGCUAUUGAAGCUGCGAUUCAUAACAGUAAAAAAGUGAGUUCCAUUUCAUUGUUUUAGUUCUCACUUUAAUACGCUACAUUGACAAUUAAGUUCAAACUGUGUACAAGUUUCAGAAACUCAGGCGGUCGUAACUCUCCUCUCUCAUCGAUCCAUUUUCGAAAUGCUAAUAGUUUUUUCAUCGCUUUCUGUCUGGUGUGUGUAUAUUACCUACUAAAAAUCCGAACUCUAAUUUCCAUACAGUAGUUGCCAAUUAUUUACAUUAUUACCUAUACAAAUUAAGAAUUCAUUCGUUUUAGAAAAAUAUUGAACGUUUCAUUAUUUACUUUUCUAAAUAUUGGAAUGUGAUACACUCAAAGCAUCUUUAGUAAAUUUACUAGACUUGUUAUGAAGUCUGUCAAACUAUUAUUUAUACUUAUAUUGCAUUAACGAACUUUUACUAGUGUACUUGUAUAGUGGUGACUCAGCAAUUAAGGUGUCCACCUCCCAACCAUCAGGUUACAAGCCUGAACCCAGCCACCUCCUGCUACGUAAUUCGAAUAAGGUAAGUUUUUUCUGACGUGUUUUUACUAGAGUAUAAACCAUUUCACCGCUGAUCAAAACUAACUUCAAACAACUAGUAGUAUUGACUAACUUACCAAAAAUAGACAGCUCAUAAAGGUGCCAAAUGGACAUCAGCUGGACUUGAAAGUUAAACACAUCAUAAACUAAGACAAAUGUUUGUUUAUUGAUUCACCGUACUACACUUUCACAUCGGCGAUAUGAAAAUAAACCCACAAGACUAAAAAGAAGGAAAUGAAAAUGAUAGCUACAGAUAGUCAUUGCAACUGGGAAUAACUUGUAGUGUUUGGUACCGGAAAUCACUGCGAUCUCCACCACCAACAGUAGAAUACGAAAACUGAUUGCAGACGAAGAUCUGUUUCACUCUACAAAAUGUAUGUCAAAUAAAUCCUCGUCUAAAAUCUCUAUGUUCUUAUUUGGGUCAUGCGAUUCACAGGUUCAAAUAAUCAGUCCCAAUUAUCCACUGUUACAGCAACUGUUAAC